AUGAAUUCGUACGGCGAGCACAACGUGAUCCGAGCGCCAUCUCUGAAGCGGGGCAAGAACGACGAGGGACUCCACAAUCGGAUCAAAUUAAAGAAGAUCCUGGGCCUCACCGUGUGCAGCAAUGCCGGCCUCGACGUCUCCUCGACCACCGGCAUCCUGGCGUAUCCGGCGGGAUGCACCGUGGUGCUGUUCAACUCGAAGAAGCUGUCCCAAAACUUCCUGCUCAACACAACGAAGAAAGCGAUCACGGCGGUCGCAUACUCACAGUGUGGCCGGUACCUGGCCACCGGCGAGUGCGGCCACAACCCGUCGAUCAAGGUGUGGGAACUGGAUGCGAACGGUGGCGGCGGAGCGUACGAAAAUGGGGCGGCCGGUAGCAUCGUGGCCGAGUUUUCCGGCCACAAGUACGCGGUCAGCUGCGUGGCGUUCUCACCGACCGGCAAGUAUCUGGUGUCGGUCGGCUCCCAGCACGACAACAUUGUGAACGUGUUCGACUGGAAGGCGAACCUGAAGAUUGCGUCGAACAAGGUGACGGCGAAGGUGGUGGCCGUCAGCUUCAGCGAGGAUGGCAACUACUUUGUGACGGUCGGCAACCGGCACGUGAAGUACUGGUACCUGGAGGGAAGCCGCAAGUACAAGGAACCGAUCCCGCUGAUGGGCCGCAGCGCCAUCCUGGGCGAGCUGCGGAACAACGACUUCUGUGCGGUGGCCUGCGGGAAGGGCGAGAUGGCCGAGAGCACGUACGCGAUCACCCGCAACGGCCACCUGGUGGAGUUUAACGCGCGCCGGCUGCUCGACAAGUGGGUGAUGUGCCGGACUAACGCGGCCAACUGUAUGGUUGCCAGUACAAAGUACAUUCUCGUCGGGUGUGCCGAAGCCAUCGUAAGGGUGUUCAAUGCCGAAACGCUCGAGUACAUCACGACGCUCCCGCGGACGCACUUUCUCGGUGUGGACGUGGCGCAGGGCGUCCACAUCAACCACAUGAUGGCCGUCCCACAGAACGCCAAGUACCCGGACACAAUUGCCAUCGUGUACGACGAGGCGCGCUCGAAGGUGAUGUGCGUGUACAACGACCACAGCCUGUACAUCUGGGACCUUCGGGACAUCCGGCGGGUGGGAAAAAGCCACUCGUUCCUGUACCAUUCCGCCUGCAUCUGGGGCGUCGAAACCGUGCCAUUCAGCUACCGAUACAGCUCCGGCGGGGAUGUGGCCACGCUGCCGUCCGACUGCUUCAUGACCUGCUCGUCGGACGACACGAUCCGCGUGUGGGACGUGGACGGGUGCGAGCACAACGACAUCUACCGGCGCAACAUCUACAGCAAGGAGCUGCUGAAGGUGCUGUACAUCGACGACGAGCUGAGCUUUAUCCGCGACACGGACAAUCCGAUCCACGGGGCAGAGAAGAACUCCAGCUACGACGGGCGCAACGGGGUGCGGUGCAUCAAGAUUGCCCCCGACAGCCGCCAGCUGGCCACGGGCGACCGGAGCGGCAACAUCCGAAUCUACAAUCUCAGUAACCUUAAGCUGAUUACGACGAUCGAGGCGCACGACUCGGAGGUGCUGUGCCUGGAGUACACGAACGAAAAGAUCGAACGACGGCUGCUGGCCAGUGCCAGCCGCGAUCGGUUGAUCCACAUCUUCGAUUGCGACGCCAACUACCGCAUCCUGCAGACGCUAGACGACCACUCGAGCAGCAUCACGUCGGUGCGGUUCAUUGGGGUGGGCAAGCAGUUCCAGAUGGUGUCCUGCGGAGCCGACAAAUCCAUCAUCUUCCGCCACUACCAGAACAACGUGUUCCUGCGCGGCAACAACUGCUCCGGCAAGAACACGCUCUACGACAUGGAGGUGGACAGCAACUACAAGCACAUUCUGACCGCGUGCCAGGAUCGGAACAUUCGCGUGUACAGCACGCAGAACGCGAAGCACACGAAAACCUUCAAGGGCUCGCACUCGGACGAGGGCAGCCUGAUCAAGGUGAGCCUCGAUCUGAGCGGCAUCUACAUCGCCACCUCCUGCACGGACAAGACGCUGAGCGUGUACGAUUACUACUCGAACGAGUGCAUGGCGCGAAUGUACGGCCACAGCGAGCUGGUGACGGGGCUCAAGUUCACGAACGACUGCAAGUAUCUGAUAUCGGCCAGUGGCGACGGGUGCGUGUUCAUCUGGCAGGUGCCACACGAUAUGAUUGUCACGAUGCAAGCGCGCCUCUCGCAGCAAGCACUCCGUUCGGGUCACCAGCCAAUUCCACGCACCCUCCAACCCACUAACCCCUUCACGGAUGCCAUCCUGAACCAUCCGCCGCCCCAGGGACAGCCGGCGGGUUCGAAUGCCUCGGGCGAGUAUGGAUCACCACCAAACGCCACUCCGUCGUUCCUGCUCGAAGACCCGGCUCCGGCCGCGCCCGGGUAUCGCUUUGCCGACGUCGGCCAGCUGCCGCAGUGGGCCAAACGCAAGACGUCCGAAGAUCAGUCCAAUUCACCCGUCCUCGGCAGCAGUCCUAGUCAGGGAGGCAGCAACUUCGGUGGCAUCGUACCGAAACCACGGGGCCGUUGGGGUCAAAAGGGCCAGUUGGAGGAACCGCUCGAUCUGCGCAACAUCGUCGACAGUCCGUUGAACGCAACGUACACCACCAGCAGCGAUCGGCAGUCGGGGUCACAGAAGGACCACCAGCCGCCCGCGAACGCCAACACACCGACGUCCGGGUACAACAGUGGCAGCUCGAAGGACAUCUACAGCAACGCUUAUCUCAGCGAGGACAGUUCGAUCGACAGUGGCCGGGAGAAUCGGCGCGACCUGGGGAUGACGUUUUUGCAGAAGAAACUGAUGGUCGAUGCGAAGGCACUGCACAGUCUGAACUCGGAAUCGAACACCGAGCACGACGGGGACGUGGAGGACAUUUCGGACGGUGAACGAACGAGCUCCGACCACGGUAUGGUGUACUACCCAUCGGCAGCACCGUCCACACCGACGGACUUUAAAAUCAACGACGUGGACACGAACGAGCUCCGCAAAUCGAUCCGACGGCAGAAACUCGAAAAGCAGGGCCUCAGCAUAGCGGUCCAGCUGCAGAGUGCGGCAUCCGGCACCGGGACCGGCACCGGCACUUCGGACGAUGAGGACGAAGGCUCGACACCGAGCGGUGACAAUGCCGAUCGCUCGCUCGCUUCCACUCUCGGCGGCAGCUCCGAGAGCAUUCCGCAGCAAACGUCAUCCAGUUUCCUGCAAGCCGUCCUCGAUGGCCCGGGCAGUCUGUCCGACCGGGAACGAUCACAAGCACGCAAAAGUAUGAGCGCCAUCCACAACAAUGAUCCGAAGAUCACGACGAGCAUAUCGAAGUCCUUUGCCAACAACAAAAAAGAAGAGCUCAUGAAGGUGAUCAACGAGGCAAAGGCCAAGCUGGAGAAUGGCAUAAUGUUUCAUAAUAAGCGUGACGUUAAAAUUCCCUUAAAUAUUGCUCGUUUGAAGGUCGGUUACCGGUCCGGUCUUCGCGCUAGUCAAAGCAUAUCCGACCUGAGUCACUCGAUGAACAUGGCAGCCGGCAGCCCGGGUCGCGUGCAGCGGAUAGGUAAGUUGUUCCCCUGUGGCCACCCACCACCGCCACCGCCCUGCUCCAACUUUCUUCACAGCGCUGCACCGCGCGCGAAGCUGGCCCAGCACUGUGCCCUCCUGAACCAGAUCCAGCAGGAACUGCCGCCGUACCCACGCGACGUGGGAAUCUACGAUCAGCCGGGCGCCAGCACCGUGCGACGCCCAGAAAAACUGGCCCUAUCCGAACUUCCUCCCGUCCCGGCCGAUAAACUGCGCAAACACCCGGGCAUACUGAAGAACUACAAAUCCUGCCCGGUCUCGCCGGUGCACGAAGAGCAGGAAUGGUCCAGCCCGUCAAACCACGACGAAUCAUCGCACAAUAAUGCGUCUUCCCACGGAGCCGGUGGUCGGCACGGGCAAUCGCGCCACUCGAUGUACUACGAAGAUGCCAAAACGAUCCUCAGCAUGAUCCACUCGGACACGGAGAAGAUGAUCCGCGAGAUAACGAGCAAGUACGGCGAUCUGGACGACAUACAGCCCUCGAAGGAUCGCGCCGCAAAGCGAGCGUCGGAACCGGAGCGGAAGGUGGGUCCGGAACCGGAACCAACCACUGCGGCCGUGUCCGUGCCCGUGACGGGAGACGAACGCCACGAGCACGGCUUCCUGUCGGAGGACGAACCCAACUUCAGCUCGGACUCGCUGGAGGAUUGCAGUCUCGAUCUGGACGUGGAUCAGACGAAGAUGCCAAAGAAACGAAAAACAACCUGUGCCAAACAUCGGCCCGCGCUGCCGCCGAAACCCUCACUGCCAAAACGCUCGGUGUCCGAGUACUUUAUUUACGAUCAACCGGCGCCGCUGGUGGCCGCUCCGCCGCCCUACCGAAACGUGUCGCUGUCGGACAUUCUCGACGACGAUGAGGCGAUCCGACAGGCGGAGCAUCGCUUUCUCGAAACGCAGCGCCACUCGAGUGCCAGCUUCUUCCUCGGCCAACAGUACCCGACGCGCAAGAGCCAAGAGAGUCUCCUCUCCGACGAGUACGGCAGCGGCGGGGUCAGCUUCUGCAACAGCAUGGAGAGCAUCCUGUCGGACGAUUCGGAGUGCAAAAGUGCACCGCUCGAGGUGCUGUUUGGGCGUUUCGGACGACGCGAUCACGUUGGAAUGCCGCCGCCCGGGGGAGGCCGUCUUUCGGCGGCCAACCCGCCCGGAUGCGGUGCAUCCUCCAAGUCGUACGGAUCGAGCCCGAACGCGGGCAGUGGGUUCGAUUACUACAUGCAGGGUGCCUACUUCCAGACGCCAGCGAUGGACUCGAUGAUGGGCUACGGUUUCACCGAAGGGAUCGCCGAAUCGCGCUCUCCGCAGCACGUCCGCCGCCAGGGUGUCCCCGGAAUGCCGACGUCCGUCAGUUACCCACGCUUCCUGCCUAGCAUGAUGUCGGUGGCGGCUGCCGCCCCACUAUCUGGCGAUGAGGACGAUUUCAUCCCUUCGCUCACGUCCAAAGCGGCCCAGUACGGAGGUGCUACGGUGAAAAGCCUCAGCAAAGACUUUGCUAACCAGCGGAAGCAGCAAAACUCGAAUCCACUGUACAACUGCAACGAGUCCACCGGUGGCGGUGGCCCCGCUACUGCUGCCAGUGAGCUUUUGGUACGCAAAUUGGUCAACGCUACCAACGCUACCGCGAUCACGCGCUCGGACAUUUUCGGCACAACGGAGGCGUCCAUUUACGUGAUGAAGAAGUCGUGCAGCUUCGAGAUCGAGAUGGGUGGCCGUCGGAUUGCGAGGAACUCGAAAAAGUUCGAACAAAAUCUGCAGCGCUUCGAGCAGGAGCAGCGCCAGGCGGCGAUCGGCGAACGGUACGGCGCGGAUCGAACGCUCGAGAUGGAGUACGUCCCGCACAAGCCCCCGGUGGCGCACCGCCGGUCGGCCAGCAUGAAGGGGCGGGGUCGGGUGCGCUCGAAGGAGAAGUUCAACACGAUCAUCGGCCAACUGUCGUCGUCGGCGGCGGGGUUCGAGGAUGGAGCGAAACUGCGGGACUUCGUCAACCGCGAUCAUCAUCUGGUGGGAAUGUCGGUCUCGGUCGGCAGUCAUCCAGGGUCGGGGUCAGGUCGCCGUGGUCCGGUGGGUGGUGAGGCGUUUGGCGAGGAAAAGUCCUUCGAAGUGUACGUCGCCGAGAAGGGCGUUAGCGAGGACGACAACAUGGAUAGCCUGGAGCUACUCUCGCGGAAGCACCGAGCGGCGAGCGUGCGGAAGGAAAACUCAACCGAUUCACUCAAUACGCCCGAUAGUCACCACCCACUGCUGACGACGGAACUCGGAGUCGAAAAACCGGCCGCCAGCCCGAUGGUGGGGACCGAACUGGAGAAGCUGAUCGGCGGCUGUGGUUUGCUAGCCACCGGGGAGUUCAGCAAGUUUCUGGACAUCGAGAAGAAAAUCGGCAUCAUCAACAAGCUGGUUGAGUUGGAGGAACGCAAGCUGGAGCAGGAGCGGGCAUCCAAAGCGUACCGGAUGCGACCGUUCGAGUGCGACCCGCGCCAGAAGGGGUACGUGAAGAGUUUGACGGAGAACUUUGACCGGUUGGCCAAGGACGCGCAGGAGGAGUUGGAAAACGAGAAGAGCUGGCACCAGGCGAAGGCGCGCAUGAAGCGCAACUUCAGUUUGCCCGAUGUGCUCGAUGGCGGAGGCUGCUGCUGUGCGGAUGGCGCGGGAUCCUACAAGCAGAAGGACGAAGACGAGCUGUCGGAAAAGGACGAACACUCGAUGGCGGCCGUCGUGGCGGCUGUCGCAGCGGCCGUCGCCGCGAUCGGAGCUUCCGAUGGCGACGAUGAAGGUGGUAAUCCCCGAAGCUUAAUCUCUGCGCAAGAUAGUGAAUCAUCGAUUAGACGCGCUUGCUCGCUUAGUGAUUUGAGUAUGGGAAAAGGUAAAGCAAAUGGCUAUAAGCCUUCCCCGAGCAACCGAACCAUCAGCACGCCGACACGGAACCCGCCUAAGCGGAGCACCUCAUCGGUGGGAAAGGGUGGCGGCCCGAUGUCGCUUGCGUCCGGCAUGGGAGUGCGCAGUGUGUCGGUUGGAAUGCUCAACCAGGCGAGCGACUCGGAAGCGGAACCGGUCGGUGGUAGCCGGGGUGGUCUGCUGAAGCCAACGAUUUCAUCGCAAAACAAGAUCAACGGUUCGAGCAAUGGGCCCACCAACGGUAGCGGCGGCAAGUACAUCAAUCCCCGCAGUGCCGCAGGCAUCAUCAACCGGCGAAAGGGUCUCCAGAACGCCUACAGCAGUGUGAACAUUUCGACCACCGGGCAGGAUGAGUCUAGCUCGGAGGAGUCACCGACGAGCGUGGUCAGUCCGAUGCCCACAAAGCCAGCCGUUCCGCCCCGACCGCGCAGCAUUGCGUUCGAGCACAAGCGGAUAGCAAACGUGAACGCUAGUCUGGUGGCAAAGAAGACGGUCACCGUUGUCGUCGGUGGUGCCACCGAUACCAAUGGUGGUGGUGGUGGACAAAACCACGGUGGCAUUGUGCCAAUCAAGGAUACCGAUCUGGAUAACGCGGACCUUACAAACCAGCUGUGCACGAACAUCAUCAAUCAGCUCGUGCAAACCACGGCCAGCGUCAUACAGCUCCACCAGCGGCUGAAGUCUAGCGACGAAACGGCGAACAAUGGCCGCAACAACUCGCUCAUGCUAAAGGAGCUCGAAAACGCCGUCAUUAUGACGCAAAACAUGCUCACGAAGGUGACCAACCGGAAUCACAAUGACGGUAUUAACAAUAACAGUCUGAGCAAUAACACCAACAAUCAAAUCAUGUACGAAAAGUGCGCUGACAUCCUCAACCAGGUGCAGAAGCACGUCAACAAUAACGGCUAGGCAACCCAAAGUCGUGGCCACCAUCCACUCCCCUGAAACACAGGUGUACCGCCCUCAGCAGAAACGGCGCUGCACAGCGCCGUCCUACCAAUCUCAAAAUUGUCGCUCCCGUCCAGCCCCCGGCUGCCCGGGGGCUCACGCGCCCCGGAACGGAAAACAUUCCCCGCGGAGGCAGGAGCAACAGAUAAACAGAUGUACAUAAAUGAUCGUGGUGUCGGAAAAAUGCGUGCGUGUGCGUGUGGAAAACGCUGUUCAUUUGAAGUGUUCCCGGCGUGUUUUCUAAAUGCCACCGGUUUUGUUUUGUUUGGAAUGAAAACGACUCACGAAACACUGUGUUCGAAGCAAACUGACACGGAAAAGUAUAUCAGCGCCAUAUCUAGUAUGAGUUAAAUACGAGCGUAAAGGUAGAGUGAAGCCACUUAAUGAUCACAUAAAUUUUACUAAACUACUAACAGGACAUACCAUGCGCCCCCACAAGUGGCCAAUGGUUUAGUGAAGAAGCAAAGUUUGGACAUAUUUUAAGCUUUAGACCGUUUCGUUACUCGGGCGGCUUGUGUGACGGUAAGCCCGUUCAGUCACAACUUAGUCUUCAACCGCCAGCAUAAUAGGGACCCUCAUUAGCUGUAAUUAAUCGGAAAGUAGUUUUGUUGCAUCUCCCCCAUGAUGUUCAGGAGCCGGGGAACGCGCUUCACGUUAGGCACUAAUGUUUUAGAUGUAAAUUUAGUUGAAUCGAAUCGUUGGAUUGUUUGUUGAGUUACGUUUGCAUCGAUGAAUACGCCGUCCAGAUGAGUUUUCUUCUUUCUUACUCUUUGCUAGCAUAUCAGACACACUGUUGUGGUUAGGUUAUCUGUGCUUCUCUCGGUGGCCACGACCCACGUUCCGUCUUAGUGGGGAACGGGAAAGAAUGUUUCGUUCAAAGAGCUUAGGUGUUUAACCCGUGUACCACGUCGUAGUCGUUAAUCUCUGUUCUUGUUUGAUAUAGCCUUCGAAUUAUGUAGUUCGUAGUAGCGUAACGGAACCGCGAUCAGGAGCGUUUCUCUCUGCGGUAAGCGCGUGAGUGCAGAGCGAGUUGUUUUACGAUUUUUUUAACUCUCACCGCCAUUACCCAAAAAUGGCCAAACGAACAUCGAACUCGUGCUCAUGACUGAUCGACGGCGUAGCAGAGACGUAAUCGGAGUUAAGAUGUAAGCAAAUUUCAUCUUCUUAUGACACUAAUCCACACACAAACAACACACUACACACUACAAUGUGUGGUGAGUAACAUUAACGAAGCGGUAGCAGGGAAUGCAGAUUAGAUGCAGUUUCAGUCAUAACUAAUAUUUAACCUAGUAACAAGCAACGCUAUUAAAUCAUAUUGAUUUACUUCCGCCGACGAAAGCCACCACGUUCGAAGCGAGAAAACCAAUCCAUAUUUAAUACCACGCCCGGGGACACAGGAGGUGUUCUGCUCAUUAAUGCUCGUGUUAUUCGCGUGUGUGUGUUUGUUUUAUUUGCCGUGCCUGGCGUGUCCUGGCGCAGGAGUUCGGCAUGGCAUUUACCGUGACGGCGGCAUUGUGUUGUGGAAACUCAAAAGUCCAAGGCAGCUUAUACUUACAAGUGAAGGAAAGCUAAAGUAUUUAUCCGGCGACUCGGCUGUACAUAACGAAGCUUACCAUUGUCGAAUGUUCCGCACUCGCGUCCGACGGAACGGAAGGCACAAUGUUUAUAUCACUCUACCGCCCAAUCAAGCACUCACCUCAGAUUCUGCCAACCUGUUCCGCAGAUCAAUGGAAUCCCAUCAUCUUGUCGAAUGUAUCAUAGUUUGAACUACGCCACCAGGAAUGCCACACACUGUAGCCAGAAGUACUUACGCCCUUUUUGCAUCAAGUUAACUAACGGAAACAACCACUUUGGCACACUUCCGUGUCAAACGUGCGUGUUGGCCAACCUCAGAAUGGAAACGUGCGAUACCUUUAACCGCUAAACGUGGGAAUUGACGAGACGUUGCCCACAAAAGAACUUGUAGACUUAUAGGUAAAGCAGAGCGAGUGGAAAAUAUUUACAAAACACAUUGUGCGAUUUCAAGAUGACCUUUCUCCUGCAGCAGUACUUUGCUGGAAGGUUUGUUUCAACCUUUUUACUCACUCACGGGUCGUAGAGAAAAUAAGUAGAACACAAAAAAAUAUCAUAGUUGCCUAAAAUGGCGCCACAUAUGGACAACAUUUAAACUAAAAUCCACGCAACAAAUACACAGACACGACUAGGGAGAGGAAGCCCACGGAACGGAAUGUUGCAAACCGUACCACUUUCGGUAUGCAGAGUGUGACCCAUUUUGCAGGCCUGUCUAAUAGACACAGUUUUAACAAAUCAGAAGCAACUUUGAAAAAAAUCGCAAGAUUAUGUAAAAUAACCUAAUAAUAUCUUUGGAUGUUCCGUGGGCUUCUUUGCCCUUGCCACAGAACCGUUCGAAACAAACACACGACACACGAGUUUGAAACAGAUUCCCUACUUCUCGGUACGCCCUUUAGGAUAGAUUUUUGGAUGUUGUAUGAAAAUUAAAACUUUCGGUAACACGAACUCUAGUGAGCGCGAACAGGGAGGUGAUCGUUCGGGGUGACUAUGCCGGCGGGACUAUGCCGCGAAAUCCGAACUCCACCACCACAUUAAAGCACUAUUCGCCUAUUUGCUACAUUACUAUUACUACAUCAAUUAUUAAGUAUAUACUAAUUAUUAUCCCUAAUCCCGUCGCUCUAAACUUACAACACACACUUACAAAAACACUCUACCACCCCAACAAACGUAAACCUACGGCGCUACGGCUCCAGGGGUUCCCUAAUUAACUCGGUUCCUGCUAAGAAAGGACUUGCAUAAAAAGACAAAUGAGAAACGUAAUGAAUGCGGAACUGUGAAACAACAAUUGUUCCACGAAAUCCGACCCGCUUGCGGUCGAUUAGGGGCACGCGAGGAGCAAUAGGUGAUUUGCAAACGACAUAAUUGAUCAAUAACACAAAGUCUUUCACAUAUGUCGUCCCCCGCAACGGAAUAAGCAAACUCCUGACCUAACUGGCCAGGAUGUGAAAGGAGUACGAAUGGAAACGAGUUGCGGUUGAUUGUGAGCAGAGAAGCAAACAAACGAAAAUAUAUUUAAAACAAGCAAGAUUUAAAAACAACGGGGCGGAUCCGUUUGUGGCCAAUGAAAGAAACGUGUAACAUAUCAAUAUUAACCCGUGCAGAAGGUAGUAGUAAUGCGAUGGCUUGCGUCUUCUUUCUUUGUGCUCUUCUGCAGCUUCAGGUGCGGGCCGCGGAUGCUUCUUAACCAUUAAUCGCCGCCACUCUACUAACCAACGGUGCGAUGCGAUCGUCAGCUCUUCGCCUUCGGUGUACGGAACCGAAAGCGAACCGAGCCCCUCCGGUGGAGAGAAAGAUGCGUUUGGUAAUGGCUGCAGUGCGAGGUGCUGUGGUGGCGCUGUCGACCGGCGCAAUGGGUAACGGAUUGCUUGCCCCCGAGGUAAGAAUUCACGUCGCCCGGCGCUGGCUCUGACAGUGGUCAAGCGUGUGGCAGGUAUGUGCUCAACUCGCAAUGUGGCGGAACCGGCAGCUUGCCAUAUAACGAACUGAGUUUUUCUUUCUAACCCUCGGCAACUUACAUCGCAAACAGAAACGUGUGUGUUACCAUAAUAGGCUCCGCCAUUGUACAUAAGUGUAUCAUUCCGUGUCAUUUCUUCCAAAAAUGAUCCAAAUAAUGUUUGUUAACUGUACUCUACGAAA